AUGGAGGAAACAUAUUUGGCAAAUGUUGAAGGCAUUAAAAAGACAAUCCUCCAUGGAGGAACUGGUGAGCUACCAAAAUUUCUCACAGGAUCCAAAGUCACAUUUCAUUUUCGGACUAUAAAAUGUGACGGAGACCGCACAGUGAUCGAUGACAGUAAGCAAGUUGGCAGACCAAUGGAAAUAAUUUUCGGCAAUAUGUUUAAACUGGAAGUUUGGGAAAUGUUACUAUCAUCCAUGCGGAUUGGAGAGGUUGCUGAAUUCUGGUGUGAUGUCAUUCACACUGGCCUGUAUCCAAUUGUAGCAAAGAGUCUGCGUAUGAUUGUAGAAGGAAAGGACCCGACAGAUUGGCAUGUCCAUACCUGUGGCCUUGCCAAUAUGUUUGCCUAUCACAGCCUGGGAUACAAUGAUUUGGAUGAAUUGCAAAAAGAACCUCAGCCACUUAUCUUUGUAAUGGAGCUGUUAAAGAUUGAGUCUCCGAGCUCUUACAAACGAGAAACAUGGGCCAUGAACGACGACGAGAAACUUAAAGCUGUGCCACUUCUCCAUGGAACGGGGAACAGACUGUACAAACUCGGCAGGUAUCAAGAUGCAUUGGCAAAGUAUCGCGAGGCAGUCAUCUGCUUAAAGAACCUCCAAGUGAAGCAAAAACCCUGGGAAGUUCAAUGGCUCAAACUGGAGAAGAUGAUAGUCACAUUAGUUCUGAAUUACUGUCAAUGUCUUUUGAAAAUGGAAGAAUACUAUGAAGUGUUGGAGCAAACAACAGACAUCCUCAACAAUCAUCCAGGGAACGUAAAAGCCUACUUUCUACGGGGAAAAGCUCACGCAGAAGUAUGGAACCAAGCAGAGGCCACAGCUGACUUUGAAAAGGUUUUAGAAUAUGACAGUGGAAUGACCAAGGCCGUGAGAAAGGAACUACAGAUCCUUGACUCCAGAAUGAGAGAUAAGGAAGAGGAAGAGAAGCUACAAUUUAAGCGAAUGUUUCACAAACGGAUUUGA